UGCACACUUGCCAUUUCAGAGGAACGCAGCCAGCCUCGUCGUGCAAUGCGCGGCCUCGUCGUGCCGCUGCUGCUGCUGGUGCAGCUCGCGACGGCGGCGGCGGCGGCGAACAUCGCCUUGGCGGGCUGUGAGAGCAAGUGCGGCGAUGUCGACGUGCCUUACCCUUUCGGCACCACGUACGGCUGCCACCGGACGGGCUUCAAGGUCACCUGCGACCGCGCGUACCAGACGCCAAGGCUCUUCCUGCAGAGCGACGGCCCGGAGGUGCUGGCGAUCUCCGUCCGAAACAGCACGGUGCGCGUCCGCGCCACGGCGUGGUCCUUCGCCGCCGGCAACGCGAGCGAAGUGAGGGUCAGGGUCCUCCCCGCCAAACUCCGGCCGUACGUGCUCUCCGCCGCGCGGAACAGCUUUGUCCUCGUCGGCUGCGGCUUCCAGGCCGCCGCGCGGACGGCGGCGCCGCUGCGGCAAGGAGCCGCCACCACGUUCGGCUCGUGCGCGCCGUCCUGCCCCGCCGACGACCCGCAGAAGCUCCGGCGGGGCGUGUGCCACGGCGUCGGCUGCUGCGAGUCGCCCAUACCGACGGGUCUCAAGUCCUUCCGUGUCCAGUUCUCCUGGCAGGAGCAGAACGCCACGGCACGGCCGCCAUGGGUGACGCCCGGCGCGAGCGUGCUCACGGUGGAGCAGGAGUGGUGGCGCGACAGGGAUAACGUGUUCGCCGUCAAGAUGACGCUUCUCUCCUCCGGGAACGCGGCCGGGCUGGUGAUCCCGGCCGUCCUGGACUGGACGCUCAACAAGUCGUUGUGCGCGGCGGCGGCGAAGCGGUCGGACUUCGGCUGUGUCAGCAAGAACAGCGAGUGCCUCAACUCCACGAGCAGCGCCUACGGCUAUGUCUGCCGGUGCAACGACGGCUACGAUGGCAACCCGUACGUGUCAGAUGGGUGCCAGGGGCCUCGAAGACAUGUUGGAUCUGGAGUAUUUUUUGCGAUGGGGUUUGGCAUUGGUAUGUUCCUUUUGCUUCUGGUUCUUGGAACAAUUUUUGCAACAAAAAGACUCAAGAUUCGUAGGGCUAGGAAGAUGAGGGAGUAUUUCUUCAAGCAAAACCAUGGGUUGCUUCUUCGACAACUAGUAGAUAAAGACAUCGCUGAAAAGAUGAUCUUCAGCUUGGAAGAGCUUGAGAAAGCAACCAAUAUGUUUGAUGAGGCUCGCAUCCUGGGUGGCGGAGGGCAUGGCACUGUCUACAAAGGCAUAUUGUCAAACCAGCAUGUUGUUGCCAUUAAGAAGUCUAUAGUUGUAAUUCAAAAGGAGAUUGAUGAGUUCAUAAAUGAAGUCGCAAUCCUUUCUCAAAUCAACCACAGAAACGUAGUGAAGCUUUUUGGAUGUUGCCUCGAGACAGAAGUGCCAUUGCUGGUCUAUGAGUUCAUUCCAAAUGGAACUCUUUAUGCCCACCUUCAUGUUGAAAGCUGUCAUAAAUCACUACCAUGGAAAGAUCGGCUACGAAUUGCCUUUGAAGUUGCUUGUUCCCUGGCAUAUCUUCACUCAGCCGCUUCGACAUCGGUGGUGCACAGGGACAUCAAGACAUCCAACAUAUUACUAGAUGACCGAUUAACAGCAAAAGUGUCAGAUUUUGGUGCCUCAAGAGGCAUCGCAAUCGAUCAAUCUGGAGUGACAACUGGUGUGCAAGGAACACACGGAUAUAUGGAUCCUGAGUAUUACCACACAGGACGAUUGACUGACAAAAGUGAUGUGUACAGCUACGGCGUUAUGCUUGUUGAACUACUGACGAGAAAGAAGCCAAGUAUGUACUUGUCGUCUGAAGGUGUCAGUUUAGUGGCACAUUUUGUCACGUUACUGAAUCAAGAUAAGCUCAGUGAGAUACUUGAUGAGCAGAUCAUGGAAGAAGAAGACGAGCCCAAACAAGUGGCCGCCAUAGCAGCAAUGUGCUUGAGGAUGAAGGGAGAAGACAGGCCGACGAUGCGGUAUGUGGAGAUGAGGCUUGAAGGACUGCAAGAUUCAGACAUUUACAUUUCAGGGAUGGAAGAGCAGCUGGCUGACCUGAAUGGCCAAACAUUUCAAGGAGGCGAUGCCAGAGUUGGCGACAACUAUAGAAGUAGGCAGUACAGUAUGGAGGAAGAAAUCAUGUUAUCAGCGAGCUUGCAAAGAUGAUCAUGGCAUCAUAUCCACAUUCCUGCGUCAAACUGUUUCUCUAGUAUGUGUUUGCCCUAUUACUUUGCUUCUCUAGAACAUAGUGUCAUGUUUAAAUAUUUGAAAUUUUCGUAAUACCUUCCAAGUA